AUGAUAUUACGCCCACCGCAGUUCAUACCUGAUAAACCUGAACUGUGGCUUGCAAUGCUUGAUCUGACUUUCCAGCAUCAUGGCAUUGUAAACGAAGAGACAAAAUUUAUGAUCGCCGUUAGUGCGCUUGACAGUAAAACAGCAACGAUCAGCGCAGAUAUAAUACUUCAGCCGCCCGCCACGCCAAAGUAUACGCGUUUUAAGGAGUUACUUAUUGAGCGACUACGUCGGCAGCUGGAACAACGUAUCCAGCAAGUAUUGCACGGUGAAAAGACAGGAGAUAAGUCACCUUCGGAAUUUUGGCGGCACCUGCGAAGUUUAGUCAACGACACCGAGUUGCCAGAUACGACACUGCAACAUGUACGGCGUGUGCAGCUGCCAGAGGCAGUUAGAACGGCUGUGGCGCCCUCAGACGCGCAAGAUAUCUCGUCGUUGAUGUCGUUAGCCGACAAGGUCUACACCUCGUUGGACGCAGCGCACACGUCGACAGUGAUGUUCGGACACAACAGUACAGACUCACAGGAAACGGCGGCGAUAACAACGGCGCCAACAGCCGGACGAUUCUCAACAGCUGGAUGA